AUGCAGUACUGUACUAACGCAGGAACUAGAGCCCGGUCCUCGUCCACCUCUUCAGUGCAAAACCAGCCGUCAAAGCUCUCUCUCGGUCUCCAGCAUGUCAAGGAAGAAGCUGAUUCGCUUUCAUCCUCACGGGCCACGUCGCCAGGUACCACUCCCACAAACGUUGCAUCUUCCAGCCCCUCUGCAUCAAAGACGGCACUGGAGCCCUCCACCUCCUCACACGACUUGUCUAACACCCGUUCCCUGGACCCCUACGUCAAGACCUCUGUCGGAAGCCCCAACCUGUCUCGUUCACGCACCAUUUCUGCGCCCGAGUUCAAGUCCGAGCGUGAAAAGCUCAACAAGGAGCAGUCGCCAGGCUUCAAAAAGUCGUGGCUCAACUCCUUCAGCAAGUGGAGAUCUGGCAAAGACGAAAAGACUAAAGAUGGCAAGGAUGCAUCCUCGUCGUCGUUAGGAAAGAGCCCUACAGCCACGCCUUUCUCGAAACCCAGCAAAUCACAACCCAUUGCAUCCAAGGAGCAGCAAACGUCGGCAUCGCUAUCAGGCAAGGCUGCCCCCACGACACAAACCACCACAACGACGAUUCCAGAAAUCGCUCCUCCUGUCGCUGCUGCCACAGGAGCCACUACCGUCCCUCCUGCAUCUACUCCCACCUCUGCCAACCUCCCGACUUCACCCCCUCGGACAGCCUCUCCUCGUAUCAAUGUUGAGGCCGUUGCCAUCCCAGAGAAGCCCUUCCCGCCUGUCCACGCAGCAGGCGCCUCACCGGCGGUGGCCUCGUCCAUCGCCUCUUCUGCAUCCACAGAUGUGGGAUCGCCCAAGGGGUUCCUUCUCAACACUCUGCGGCGGUUCUCCAAGUCGCAGCCCUCCACAGGAGGCGUAGCGUCGUGUCCCACGUCGCGUGUUUUGAACAAGAACAGUAACCGACGGAAUUGUGAGCUCACGGGUCUUGAGGGCGUCUCUUCUCGUCGAGUGUCGUUUGAUAUCAACACGUAUCAUUCGGACCCUCCUCAGCAGAUCCCCGCCCGGAAGCCCAAGAAGGGUAAUGUAGAGGUUGGUGCCGAUGGUUUGCUCCGUAAGAAUGGCAUGGUGAUCCAAUCACCCCCUCAGCACCAUGACCAGCAUCACUUCAACCCAUUCAAUUCGGGUGUUGGACAGCCCAGACGGCAGGCGGCAAAGACGGCUCCUCCUGCCACUUCAUCCAAGACCCCACAGACGGCAGCUCCUGCUCAGGCGGCUCAAACGCAGACAACAACCCCUCAAAAGCCUGCCACUGCCUCUCCGGCAGCCCAAGCAGCUCCAGUUGCAGUUCCCAAACCUGCAGCACCCGCUCCCGCAGCAGCAGCAGCAGCAGUCCCCAAAGAGCCCGUUGCUCCCAAAAUAAGCCCUCCUACUGCUGCGACGGCUGGAGCUGCUUCUGCCGCAGCAGCAGCAAUCCCCUCCAAUGGUGGCUCCUCAGUCGCGACUUCCACAGUCUCUGCUGUACCUUCCACUGGAGCUGUCUCCAACGGAGUCUCGUCUUCUGCUUCCUCCACUUCGUCCACGUCAUCGACCUCUUCCAACAACUCCUCCCUCACAGUCCCUACCGGCGCUCCUGUUCGAGCAUCCUCUCCCAAUGGCAAGUCUCCUCUUGGAAAACCGUCCCAACCCCAUCUCACAGUAGACAUGCAGAAGGUCGGGGGUCGCUCACCCGUAGGGUCGCCUCGAGAAUCGCCUUCUCCCUCGCCUACGACCUCUGGUCUCUCACGAUCCAAUUCUGGACGUUCCAAGUUUGUUAUCAUGCGAAAUGGUAAGGAGGUGGAGUUCACCAAGGCGUCGGUCUACAAUAAGGAGAACACUCUGGCUCGUUCGGGCUCACUGACCAAGAAACGAUCGCCCCGAAACUCGCCCAAAAACUCUCCUAUUGCUGGCUCUCCUCGGUCUGCAUCUCCCCUGGCAGCCAAGGCGUCACCCAGCAAGCCCCCCUCACCUACUAAGGAAACUGCCAAGGACAGUACCAAAGACACUAAAACGUCUCCUCCUCCGGGCGACGACGAGGUGCCCUCUAUCUCCAACCUCAUUAUCGACACGCCUCUCAAGACAUCCCAUGAAAUGUACAACGAGAAGGACGAGUCGGACGAGGACAACCCGCUGGAUGUGGACGUAGAGAAACUGUAUACUCGGUGCUGUCAUCUGCGAGAGAUUCUGCCGAUCCCAGCUACUCUAAAACAGAUCAAGGCCCAAAAGGCGCCUCUUUCCCUGCGUCUGAUGAAUCCCAGACCCACGUUGAUUGAGAUCCAGUCAUUUGCCGACUUUGUGGCUGUGGCUCCGGUCAGUACACUUGUUCUGGAUAAUGUGACCCUCACUCCGGAUAUGUUUUCACUGUUGUUUGCGGCAAUGAGUGCUUCGCAAUGGCUCGAAAAGCUGUCUCUUCGAAACACUAGCAUUGACGAGAUGUCAUGGAAGCGCCUGUGCUACUUGUUGGCCAUGAACUCCAAGCUUGUUCGGCUGGACUUGUCGCAUCAGAUGAAGCGGGACAAGGACAAGGAGCUCAAGCAGCGAACCCCUCCCACUGUGGAUUGGAAGCUGUUGUGCGAUGCUCUACAGUACGGCAAAGGUAUGGAGGAACUUGUGCUCAACGGCUGUUUAGUGCCUUCUGAGGUGUUUGAGCAUCUCAUGUUGGGCGCAUGCAAAAAUACAAAACGUCUCGGACUAGCAUUCAACGAUUUGGGCCCCGAGGAGAUGCAUUUCGUUGGCCAAUGGAUGACUGGCGAGUGUGAGGGUCUCGAUAUUGGAGGUAACCAUCUGACUUACGUGGAGGAGGAGGAGGAGGUGAGACAAGAAGGAGCCGAAGGUACAGAGAAGGGGGAGAAGGAGGAGAAGGAGGAGAAGGAGGAGAAGGAGGAGAAGGAGGAGAAGAAGGAUAAGGUGCCCGUUUCCGAAUCAACCGAACCUACCGCUCUUGAUGUUCUUCUGGAUUCACUCUCCGACAAGGAGCUGAACCUGCGGUUCCUUUCCCUGAACUCCACGCACCUCGAGGCCUCUCCCACGACCGAAAAGCUCAUCACUGCCCUUUCCAAGCUGCAGAAUCUCCGGUUUUUAGAUCUCUCUUCUAACUCUGGACUCUUUCCCUCCCUUACGACUCAUCUGUGUAAAGCUCUACCGCUUUUCCCAGAUUUGCGCCGAAUUCAUCUCGAUUACUGCGACUUGAGCCCUCGUGAUGUGGUGCAGAUUUCAGACGCUUUGGCGCAAUGUAAGUCGCUUCUGCAUGUUUCCCUUGUUGGAAACACGCGCAUGGACCGAACUUGUGUGGCAGCUCUGACUGUAGCCGUUCGGGUUUCAAAGUCCAUCUACCUUCUUGACCUUGAACAGAGUCUCGUACCCAAGAUGGAGCAGCGACGAAUCGUGCAUUACUGCAUGCGCAACAUGGAGCGGUUGGUAUACGGCAAGGCAACCUCUGAAAACGAGAUUGACCAUGAGAUUGAGGUCGGAGAAGACAACCGGGAUAUCUUUGACGUGGGUAAGGACAUUGCUUCUACUGUCGAUGAUAUUCUCGAGUUUAACCAGGAGACGUGCCAGGUUAGUGACAUGCUACUUCAGCGUGCCUACCACGUUAAGACUCGGGUUCAGAAGGUUAUGGACGAGCUGUUUGCCAAGCGAAACAACGGCGAGCUGACCUACGAGGACAAGGAGCUGCUUGUUCGUUACUGUUUCCUCGAUGCUACUUUGAACGAGACUCUUCAGAACUUUGAGAAGCAGCGAAAGCAGCCCCAGACCCAGGGUCCCACCGUCCAUCCUCUGACUCACAUGAUGGGCCUGGCAGGCAACGAACCUCAGAUCAAGGCUCCUGAUCUCCAGGUUGAGGGAGUGGAUGAAGGUCGUCCCGCUCUUUCCCGAAACUCGUCGUCGGCGUCUAUCCAGGCUCGACGACAGGAGCUCGAGGAGGGAGAGUUUCACAAGUGGGGAACUUUUGUGAUGCAGGUUCGAGAGAACGAGCCCCUUCUUCACUCUGGCCGACCUUCUGGAGAUGAUCUGCGUAAGGCGAUUCUCAAUGCCACCGGUGUGGGCACUGUUUCCGAGUUGAUUGGCGACAUUAUUCAUUCUGGAGUGGAUGUCGAGGAGUUACUCAACAUUUCUGGUCUGGAUCAGUACCGAAAGACUUUGGCUGAGGAGACUGAGGAUGGAUCUGCUGUUCCUAUGGAGGUUAAGGCCGAGCGAGAUGCCAUUGACAGUUUCUUGGAGGAUCUGGCCCGGGUCAGAAGCAGAUGA